AUGGUCAAAUCCGCCAGUGGGCUCUCCCUUGCCCUCGUCACGACCUUGGGCCUCCUCAAUUUUGUUAUUGCGGUUCCUACUACCAACCCAAGCCCCCUUGAUUCCUCCCUGGUCGUAGUUCAUCAACGGGAUGACGCCCGGGCCCUUCCUGCCACCACCACCACCACCGAACGCUUCUCCUUCGCCAAAUGGGUAGACGACAUCAUCGCCAACCCCGAGACCGCCCUCACUCCGGAACAAGCAUUGCAGGCUCAUCGUGACUCGCUCAACGGUACUUUAGUUGCCACUACUGCGAAUCACGACAACCUAGGGGUAGACAAGCGAUGGGAUGCGGCUGUGGUGUGUAGCCCCACUCCUAUUCCUCCGGCGCUGAGCGAAAUUGCCGCCUUGCUAAUAAACAAUCUUGCCGCCGCUACUGCCUAUGCCUGCAGCACCUCCCCGAUCCGCAGCUUCGGCAAGGGGUAUAUCAAGUAUGUGGAUAGCGUAGGAAACUCAGUCACGGUGGCAAAGGCUGAGAUCACGGGCGCUACGUGCAAUAAAGGUUCGGAUCCUGUAUCGAGGAGUUCUUGCCAGUCCAUUGCUCAAACUGCCGGUCUCAUCAUGGACACAUGCACGUAUACCGGAUCCGAUGGGCAGUUGUACACCCAGGGCAUGCGCAUGAAUGUGAACGCGGAGUCGAACAUGAUAAUCUGGCUAAGAGCACCGACUAGUUAUUCGGAGCCAUACUGUGGGUGGAAGGGAUAG